AAAGAGGAAAAGGAAAGAGACUCUUAGUCCCAGCCCGCCCCCGGCUUCAGGCUGAGGAUUGGUUCUGAGUUUGCGUCUCACCAAGGCGUGGUGAGGCCUCCGGGGGCUUGUGAGAGAGACCCACAGAUCCGGUAGUGUAAUGCGCUCGCAUCAAAAGCAGUGGGAGGCGGCGCGAUGCAUACGGCAUUCUGGGAGUUGUAGUCCUCUGCUCAAGCGUCUUCUGAGCCUGACUGGAAGUUUGCUCAAGAGCGUUGAGCUACAAGGUCGGAUUCUGCAGUCCCAGCCCCGCUCAAUGGCAAACCCUGAGGACGUGCGGAUUUCUUCGCCGCCCCCGCCACCUCCUUCGUCUCCCUCGUCUUCAGACGCCUCGUCAACAUCUUCCCCCGGCGUCCCAGUGAGUUUGGGCUGGCCAGUUCCAAGCAGAAGCAGCAGCCGAACAGUGGACCCGCUGGAGGAAGUGGAGCUGCAGAUCGGAGACGCAGCAUUUUCAUUAACCAAACUUCUUGAAGCCACAUCUGCAGUAUCAGCUCAAGUGGAAGAGCUUGCCUUCAAAUGUACAGAAAAUGCACGUUUCCUUAAAACAUGGAGGGACCUCUUGAAAGAAGGUUAUGAUUCUUUGAAGCCUGACAACUGAUUUGGCUGUGUAAUAAUUCCUACUUCCUCAUUGAUGAUAUUUGCACGUGUACCAUAAGUAUAAGGUAGUCUCCAGUAGUUCUGUGUAUUCAGAAUGAAAUUUUUUUGGUUUCCUUCACUUUUGUGAAAGCAGAAUACUGAUGUUAUAUUUGAUGUUGGCAAUAUUUAUCUUUAAAUACUUUCUGUCCUCUAAACUUUCAUAGUAUCUUUUAUGGAAGUUAAUUUCAUCAGUAGAUAUUGUUAUCUAUAGUUUUAAUGGCAGAAAAAAAAAUAGUUAAAUCAUUAUUCUAUUUGGUUUGCAAGAAGAUGCCAAGAAUGCCAGAGUUUGAAGUUGAGCUUUAUUUUACAGACCUAGGGAGGUAACUUUAAGGCUACCAAUGUUGGCCCAGUGCCACUAGGCCAAGGUCCCUGGAACUAAUGAUUGUGUCUUGUUUAUCUCCAGCACCUAGAACAACUGUGUCACACAGCAAUCAGUAAAUGUUUGUUGAAUAAAAGAGUUGACAGUACAGUUAAAAGCUGUUUUUUUUUUGUUCCUGUUUUUACCAUGAAAAUUGUAAUUGUUUUUCUAAAAAAGUAUUUGACUCAGAACCUCACUGACUUGAAGGAAUACAAUCUCUCUCUCUCUCUUUUUUUUUUUUUACAACAAUUUGAACUUUGAGGACAACUUUUUAAAAUAUAUGAUAAAUAUUUUUUUAUCCUUUAUGAUGCUUUCUAAAAAGCUUUUAUUUCAGAAAAUGAAAGCCUGUCUAGAAAGAAUGUUUAUAUUUUUUCCUUGUUUAUUUCUCAGGUUAACUCUUUUUGAUGUUGUUGUAUGUUUGGUUGUUCUCUUUAAAGUGCCUUGUCAAAAUUAUGGCUCUGUACUAUUACUAUUUGAGCUUUGCACAUAAUAAUUUAAAUUCUAAAUAUAAUUCUAAAGAAAUUACUGUGCUUUUAAGCCAACAAAUUUAAAUGAUGUGAUUGCUUGCAUAUAAUUUGACUUUAUUGACAAUGUUCUACUUUACUUGUUCCAUAUCUUAUAUUCUCUCUGUCUCUCUUUGGUGGUUUGUGUCGACAAUUAAGCCAACUAAUUUUCCGUAAUUUCUACACAUCUUUGAUAAUGCAUCUUAGUUCUUUGUAGAUAUGGAGUUGUGUACAGAUAUGUAUUCUAAAGACCCACAGUGGGGUUAUGAAAGGGGACAAAUGGAUGGGCAAAGAAUAGUUUCAUUGAGUAUAUUAGGUCAUAGUUCUUGGUCCCCUUUUUUUUUUAAUUUUUUCUUUUUAGUUAAAGAUAACACAAAUGGUGUGCUUCUAUACCAAAGAGAUACUUAUUUUCAUAUUAGAAAAAUAUUUUUCUUACAUGUCACAAAAAUUGCAGUUUUUAAAAUGUAUAAAAAUAAACUUGUUCAAAGCAAAUUUUAUUUCCAUUUCUUUGGGUUCAUUAUUUUAAAACUUUUUAUUGAAAUAUUUCGAACAUAACAGGAAAAGUGAAUGAUUAAAGAAUAUAUCCCUACCAUACAGAUUUAAUAAAUAUUAGCAUUUGGGGCAGCUGGGUGGCUCAGUCUGUUAAGCGUCCAGACUUCAGCUCAUGUCUUGAUCUCACAGUUCGUGGAUUUGAGCCCCGCAUCGGGCUCUGUGUGGACAGCACAGAUCUUUGGCUCUUCUGUCCCUCUCUCUCUCUGCCCCUCCCCGCUUUUGCUUUCUCUCUCAAGAAUAAAUAAACAUUUAAAAAAUAAAUAAAUGUUAGCAUUUGGCUAUACUUUCUUCAGAUCUAUGUUUGUAAAUGUCAGAUACAUUUGAAACUUUUGCUACCUCUUUGAUCCCACCCCUUCUCUCCCCAGAGGUAACCAUUGUCCUGGAGGUGGUGUAUAUUCUAGUUUGUGUUUUUAUAUUUUUAAUACAUGUGUAUGUUUUCAAAGCACUACAAAAUACUUUUUUGUGUAUGUGGUAGCUAGCCUCCAGAUGGCCACAAUGGUCAGCCUCCUGGUAUUCAUGCCCUUGUAUAGUCUCACAUGUUGAAUAGUGCUGACUUUAAUAACUACUAGGAGAUUGAAGAAAUGCAGUGUGUGAUUUCUGAGGCCAUACCUUUGUCCAUUUUUCUAUUAGGUUUUGUCUUUUCCUUAUCGAUUUGUAGGUGUUCCAUAUAUUGAAUACUAACUAAUGACCUGUUCUCUGUGUUUCAACUAUCUAUUGUAGCUUGUGGUUUAUCUUUGUAUUUGAGUGUGGAGUUUUCUAAAUAAAGGCUUUUAAUUUUAAUGGAA